AUGCCGCGCGAGUCUGGAUCGCAAGCAGGCCCCUCGAGAGAUCGUGACGGGGCAGACGAUGCGGCAGCGCGCAGAGCCCGUCGCCAGAAGCGCAGAGAGGAGGAGGCCUACCACGUCAAAGGCUGGGAAAAUCUGUACGGAGGCGGUGGCAGCAAGCCCGUUUUCGCUCACGAUCCUCUACCGAGCUCCAAGACUCGAAGACAGGGACAGUCAUCGUCGCAAUCUCCGACCAAGUCGACCCGUGAUUCGGCGUCCUCACGCCCUCGGACUCAAUCGCCCGCUAAGGCUUCCAGCUCGAGCUCUGCUUCAGCGUCCCAGCUGCCGCCAUCGACCGCACCGGCAAGCACGCGCAGCAUGAUAUCGCAUGCAUCAGCACCUAGGCUGACGAAGCGAAAAGCGUCGACUCCUUCCUUGCACACCAGCCCCAACAAGAAGUCGAAGGCUGCUGCUGCUGCUGCUGCUGCUGCUGCUGCUCCUACCACUCGCCGUCGAUCAGCCCAGGAUUCGGAUGAUUCGGAAGACGAUUUCGAAAUCACAGGUGCCAGCGGGCCAGCAGCAACUCGCUUCUCCAGCAAUGUUGCACCCGCUUCCAGCAUCAAAGUAUCACCUUCGGCAGAGUCGUCGCUCAAUGCACGCCCUUCAGGCUCCUCAAGACGCUCCGUCAGCAAAGCACCUUCCGCAGGAGUCCAAUCGUCCGCUGCGCCCUCUCUACCUGCUCAAGACGAUGGCGACACACCUUCAUCAGCGUCCGCAGCAGCGAGCCGCGAUGCUUCACAAACGCGUGUCUCGGCUUCUUCGAGCUCGCGCAGCACUCAUGGACCAGCCAAACCCACCGCCGAGGAAGUCGAAGCGCUCAAAGACAACGCGCUCCGUCAAUACGAGCAAGGCAUAUCGCUCGCCCAACACAUUGACAACAGCGUGCGUGACUUUACCGCCGGCCUCAGUGCCGAUCAUCCCAAUCUGCCCAUCGUCAGCCAGUUUCGGCGCAAAGUGGCAGAUCUUGGCGCGCAACUUACCAUCAAGGAGCUCCGCAUCGACAUGCCUACACUUCCGCCCCGAUUGCAGAAGCGUUUCGCGCCCGCUGUGGCUGCCUACGUCAAGUAUCUCAAACGCGACGAAGUUUCGGCUCAAGGCGAUGUUGAACCAGACAAUGUCGCCACGAGCUCCAUACGGUCACCCGACCCGGUACAGCAGCAAGCCCCGGACAAUAGCAACUCGUCUGCUACCAUGAACAAUGACACCAGUCAUGACUCGGCUGUCGAGUCGGUGGGGUCGCCACAAGCGUUUGGAACACCACCAGAGCAGCCUCUGGAGGACGUCGACGAAGCAGCAACAUCCCAUCCCUCGCCUCGGGCAGCAUCGACGCCGACAGUCUCCAAAGCACAGGAACCCACCGAGGAGCUGGAGAGCGAUGCCGAGCAGCCACGCGCGAAUUCAGCCGAUCCUCAACAAGCCGAUGAGCCAGAGGAGGAAGAUGAGCUAAUAGACGAGCUCGAAGAGGACAAUCGAGGGGAGAUCGCCAGCGGUGAGCAACAUGCUAGUGCAACAGCAGCAAAGCCAAGCGAACUGUCCACAGACGAUCCUACCGCAGCAGCCGACGGCGAAAAUCCAGUAGCCGGCAGCGCAGAAUCGAUCAGCCGAGCUGAUGCCGAAGUAGCACAUCCGCCGUCCGACAAGCAGGAUCUCCUCCGGACUGGCGACGCAAACGAGAUUGCACCAGAUUCUCGGACUGAGGGGGUACAGCAGGAAACAACGCAGGAGGCGUCGGAAGUCGCUCAAGGCCUCGAACACCCAUCGACAGAGGCAUCAGGCGAAGGGAUGGCCCCGCCCAUCGGCAACUCUCUACCUGGCGAAGGGAAUGAUGAUGCAAUUGUUACUGCAACGGAUCAGACUGAAGGUGCUGCUGCAGCGGGAGUCACCACCAAAACCUUCGUCGCAACAUCGGAGAUGCCGGCAGAUAUCGACGCGGAACAAGUGGCCAAUGCCGUUGAAGCGGUCGAACAAGCUCUGACGGAAGACAGCGAAGUUCUCCCAGAAUCUGUCGAGACUUCUGAGAGCCUUCCAAACGACGCAUCUGCAGUCGAGGCUUCACCCCAAGCUCCCGAAAAUGUGACAACCUUGACGAACGAACCCGAAGCGGUCGAUGAUGGCUCCUCAGCUACUGCAAUGGAAGCGGUUACUCCAGCAGUCACUACGACCCCACACCCCGCACCUUUACAGUCAGACGCCAACGAGAUCGCCUUGGAAGCGCAGAGCUCUGAGAUCCAGACGCCCGCCGAAGCACCAGACGCAGAUGCAAUCGCAGAUGCCGCAACAACCGGGGACGCUGUGUCGCAGACUUUGGCGGCUGCUGUAGCAACUCUCCCCGCCGAAAAUGCACAGGAGGCGGAGGCGCCCGACUUGCCUAACAAUGCAGGAGCCGAUAUGGAUACCGGCAACGCCUCUGCAGGUGCAGCAGAAUCUUCAGAACCUGCUGGCUCUUCUGCCGAAGGUCAUGAUGGGUCGACCGCCGCUGAGGUUCUUGAUGAACCCCGUGCACUAUCCAACCCGGAUGUUGCCGAAAACCCAGUCACCAUUGACGAGACAGGCGUAAGCCGAAGCCACGAGCGAGCCAGCAGCCAGACUGCCUCGGACGCCGGUACAGGCAGCCGCGCAAAGAAGACCAUCGACGACCGCAUGAAGUCGAUGCUCAACGACCUCGCAAAAGUGACCGGGCGCAGAUCUUGCUACGUAACAGUGAGGGAGCUCAAACCGAAACGGGCGGGUCUCGCCACACCUCGGACGGUGCAAGACGUGGUGGACAAGUGGCAGGAUCCGGCGCAGAUGAUUCCGUGGACCUGCUUACAGGAGCUGGGUCCUGGUAUUUUCCACAAGAACGCACACAAGCACAUGCACCUGUCGAUGCACGAGCUGAUGGACAGGGUGUCGAGCACCAAGGCUGUCAAGCACCUGUCCAGGUUGCCGGAGAGGGUCAUGACGAGGGCGUUGAUGGAGUUUCCGAGGGUCCCGCAUAUGAUGCACUGUUGGAAUGAGGAGAAGAGGAAGUAUUUCCAUUCGAGGGGGUUGGCGCAGCCGAAGUAUACGAAGCCGGAGUUCAGGUUUGCGGAUGAGGAGGAGGUGGUGGAGGGUGGCAUGGAGGUCAGGGUUAGCACGUCGGUGCCACCGGCGGGUCAUGGUGCGGACGCGGCGGGACAUCUGGCGGCGCCGGAUCAAAAGCCUAGAUCGGCUUCGCCGGUCAUGGCGGCGGCACAGCGGCAGGCGAUGCCUGGCCAGCUUCUGGCCUCGCACCUUGGACAAGCUCCAAAACCGCAGCCGGCUCCAGUGGUGCAUCCCAACAUGGCACAGAACAACUUGGUCCAGCUGCCACCUGCUCCCCAAGCCUCGACGCAACGCCAACGCCACGUGCAGUCCGCACCUGCGACUCACUCCCAGCCGACACUGCAAGAGGCGUUCCGACGAGCACAAGCAACACCCACCGCCGUUGCACCCGCUGCGCUCGCCGCGCCGGCUCCAGCCGUCCACGCGCCACCGAUGGGUGCGCUGACGAACGAACGACGAGCGGCUAUGCUGCGUCAAGCUACGGACCGGGUGUUUUCCGGGCUGGCGGCUGACUGUCUCUCGCUGGCGGAACAUGUGAUCGGAUCGCCUGCGUCGGCGGAGCUGAACGUUCGGUCGCAUUUUAGCGAGGCGGAUGUGCUGCACGUGCUGGACUUUGUGGUGGCGACGUAUCGUAGGGAGAUGGAAGCGGAACGCGCGGCAGGUGGGUCUUCGCGGGUGAGGGCGGAGCAACGGUUCGCCAAGAUCAUGCGGGUGAGGAAUUGUGCGAUGGAAGCGUUGACGUUGACGCAGACGUUGUGUCGGGUCAAGAUGUGUUUGACCGACGCUGCGGCCGAUUCGCUACGCCGGACCGGGGUGGCGUCAUCGGAUGGAUGGUUGGACUUGCUGGCGACCAGCGCGAAAUGGGCGGGUACACGGCAGUUUUUGUUGGCCAAUGAGGCGGCAGCGGUGGGGAUGUUGUCGGGGCCAGAGUUGAGGUUGAUGCUGGGAAGACAGGUGGAUUUGGUGAAUAAGCGGUUGGAGGGGGUGCUGGAGAAGUUGAUGAGUAUGGACGAGGUGGUGGGUGGCGAGGGAGGGGGAGGGGAGGAGGAGAGCGGGGCGCAGGAGGCGAUUAGGAAGGAGUGUGAGCAGAUUGGGAGGAUUUGUUGUAAGCACGUGGUGGGGAUCCUACUGGGUGAGGGGGAGAGGCACUCGUAG